AUGCAAAGUCAAAUUUUUAAUACAGGGACGGAUAAAUCCUCAGUGGAUUCAAAAUACGAUGAAGCGCUGGCAUCAGAAGGUCUUCAAUGGAUCCAAACCGUUUUAGAAAAACAUGGUGAGCCUCAACAAUUCGACGUUUCUGGUGAUCGUGCGAACUUUGAAAGCGCUCGCACAAAUGGAGAAAUUGGUUUUGGACCACAAGAAUCUCAAGCUAAUGUCAGGAACUUCACAGAGGAACAGCUGAAUGCUGGAAGCAGUGUUAUUAGUCUUCAGUAUGGUACUAACAAAGGAGCAUCACAAGCUGGAAUGAGUUUUGGAAAAAGUCGCAAGAUUCUCGAUUAA